UUUUCCUUUCCUCCUUUUCUAGUCCUCUCAUUGUUCUCCCAACCUAACAAUAUAUUUUCCAUCUCAAUAAUUUAUCUCUAUUAUUUAGAAUUUUAAUCUACUAUCAUUCUCUCCUCGGUGGUUGGUUGCUCAACUCGCUCGCUGGUUCCUGUAACUAUGGCAUUCCGAGUAGGAGGGGGAAAUGCCUCUUCUGGCAUGGGUGUUGCUGAGCAUAGUGUAAGCACAUACCUGGAGCUGCAGAGGAAGAAAGUACAUCGCUAUAUCAUUUUUAAGAUUGAUGAGAAAAAGAAAGAAGUUGUGGUUGAGAAGACAGGAGGCCCUGCUGAGAGCUAUGAUGAUUUCACUGCCUCCUUGCCUGAGAAUGAUUGCCGAUAUGCUGUCUAUGACUUUGACUUUGUAACUUCUGAGAACUGUCAAAAGAGCAAAAUAUUUUUCAUCGCAUGGUCUCCUUCUGUAUCCCGGAUUCGUGCAAAAAUGCUGUACGCAACAUCCAAGGACAGGUUCAGACGGGAAUUGGAGGGCAUACAUUAUGAGAUUCAGGCAACAGACCCUACAGAGAUGGAUCUUGAAGUCCUCAGGGACCGUGCAAACUGAGAAUAAGCUGGGCUCAAGGGCUCACGUUUAAAGGGUGUCCUUAGGAUAUCUCUGAAACAACCUGAAGGAUUGCUCUUUAUUUGACUUGUUCCUUGAACUUCUAGUUUACUGUGUUGUCUGUCUGUUUCGAUGCAUCGCAUAUGAAUAGCUUACUUAGGAAGUAAAUAACCCACACCUGUGAAGGCUGAUUAGGGGCUCCUGGGCCUACAGACCCCAUAGCUGGGGGAAUUGGAGCUCUUCCUUACUGUGAUGCUUCUCGGGUGCAUAUUACUACUUUGAAUAUUGAAAAUUGGACUUGUAUUCUAUGGAAUCAAUGUUUAUGUUGAUGGGGACAGCUAACUAUCAGCUUGGGCGGAAGCUUGAUGCUGCGUUUUUUGGGGGUGUAGAGUUUGAUGAUAAUAUAAUGGAAUGUUAGACAGCGGAAGUGUGGGGUGACGACUGACGAGUGUGUAAAUGGUUAUGAAUUGUGUUCUUUAUGGCCAACUAUAAAGUUUGUGUUCGGAUCAAAAGAAAA